AUGCAAGCAUCCAAUAAAUGGUCUAGAGAUGGGAUAAGGUUUGUUUCAAUAUACCUUUUCGCUUUUCAGAUCGUUGAUGCCCGAAAUCCACUCCUGUUUUGGAGCAAAGAUCUUGACUCCUACGUGAAGGAAGUCGACCCUGCAAAGAAAGUUUUGCUGUUACUUAACAAGUCUGAUCUGUUGGAAGAAGAACAAGUGGCAGGAUGGGCGAAGUACUUUGCGGAAAACCAUGUAAAUGCCGCCUUCUGGACGGCUUUGGAAGAACCUGAAGAAUGCGAGGAAGGAUGUAGUUCUGCACCUUCAACGGCUUCAUCAGUGAAUGGGCUUCUGUAUCUGCGCAGUCGUGAUCAGCUUAUACAAUAUUUGAAAGAUUUGGGACACGUUAUUGACGCUCCUGGUAGUAAACCUGUGGUUGUCGGAAUGGUCGGAUAUCCGAACGUUGGCAAAAGUUCAACAAUCAAUAGAAUUGCUGGUGGCAAGAAGGUUUCUGUAUCGGCUACCCCUGGAAAGACUCGACACUUUCAAACUGUUCACAUUGACAGUCAACUGGUCCUGUGCGAUUGUCCGGGUCUUGUUAUGCCUUCAUUUGCAUUUGGACGAAAUGAGAUGUUUCUCAAUGGUAUACUCCCAGUGGAUCAGAUGCGGGAACACUUUGGACCGAUCGCUUUGUUGUUAUCGCGCAUACCGGUGUCCUUUUUUGAGCACACGUAUUCCGUCAUGUUACCGGAAAAUUCGGAGCCAUCUGCUUUGAACCUAUUGACAUCCAUAGCAUUCAUGCGUGGGUUCAUGUCUGCUUCAGGAAUUCCUGAUUGUUCACGUGCAGCUCGCUUUGUUAUAAAGGACGUCGUUAAUGGUCGAUUGCGCUGGGUAGCUCCUCCACCUGGAAUUGACCAAGAGGAGUUCAACAGUCAUCUCUAUUCAGUGACAGCGCCAUGCUCUGGACGUGUUCAACUCGAGCAACUGGAGAAGCGAGGGCUUCUUGAGGGAGCUGGUGUGCUCAACAAAAAAGUUGACUCCCAGUUUUUCAACGAGACCACGGGUGCUGCUCAUACUCGUAGUGCUAGAGGGACUUCUACUCUUCAAAGUGCUGGCUCUGUUAUACCAAACGCUAUAGAGAAGGGAGAUAAGCAUCAUAACAACAAGAAUAAGAAGGAAAAGCUCCGAAGAAUAUAUAGGAUCACCAUGGGGAAAAUAAUGAAGCCGGGCAAGGUUGUCCUUGUCCUACGUGGUAAAUACGCCGGUAGGAAAGCACUCGUCGUGAAAGCUCAAGAUGAAGGAGGUGCUGAUAGGUCGUACCCCCAUGCCAUCAUAGCUGGAAUCGAUAAGUACCCACUGAAGGUCACAAAAAGUAUGGGCAAAAAGAAGCAGGAGAAACGCAAUAAGUUGAAGCCAUUUGUGAAAGUUGUAUCGUACAGCCAUCUCCUUCCCACCAGAUAUUCCGUUGAUGUUGCUUUUGAUAAGGCUAACAUUAAUAAGGAGUCAUUGAAGAUUCCAAAGAAGAAGAGAUGCGCCCUUGCGGAAAUCAAGUCCAAAUUUGAGGAACGAUACAAAACUGGAAAGAACAAAUGGUUUUUCACGAAGUUGCGCUUCUAA